UUGUCCUCUAAUCUAAAAAAAAAAUUCUAUAAAUCUUUACAUCUUGUUGCUCAAUAUCUAUGCAGUAUGAAUACGUCUAGUUUCGAGAAGCUCGCUUCAUUUUGCAAAUCGCUGCGCGACUCGGAACUGCGAACAGUCGCCUUGCUCGGCUGUCCGAUGAAGAUCCGAAAAUCGCGGCACUUCUUUCAGCUGGAGGUCACAAUUCGCGGGCAUGUUGAUACCGAGAUGCCGCCGGACUCGCGAAUCAGCUGCAAGAUGGUGUUCAUGUGCCCCAAAUUUUAUCCUCGCAGUCUGCCCGAGGUGCAUAUCCGAUCAAAGAAGAACUUUCCCGACUAUCUGGAGAACGUCAUCUUCUCCGAGUAUGAUCGGAUGACGCAUCUGGAUCGUGGCUCCCAGUACAUAAUACCCAUGGUGAGCAGCGCCCUCUACAUGAUCGAGCGCGAGGAGCAGAAGAGAUCAGAGCGUGCCGUUGGGGAAAAUGAAACUAGAAACUUGUAGCUCCACAGCUAGCACAGCGUUUUGUUAAAUGGAAUGCGCUUUUCAGCAGCAAGCGUAUUCCUUUUUUUCUCGUUUAUUUUUAUCUAUUUAUUAAAUUUAUGAUCUGUGUGAGAGGUGUGGUAAUGCCGUAAGUGAAACACUUGUGGAUUGAGUACAGCGGCUAACUAACAAUUUCUAUUGUGGACAAAUUGCUAGCAAAUAGAAGCCUUAAAAUUUUGGAAUCUCGAUUUAACUAUCCAAAUAGAACAAAUUUUUGUGAAUGUGCUAAUAUACAGAACCGAAAUGUAUUUCAUACUCAGACAUUUCUAUAAAUAAAAAU